AUGAGUGCAUAUUAUUAUCAAGAUGCAAAUGGACACAAUGGUGCACAAUAUCAGCAGCAAUCAUACAAUGGAGGAUAUCCACAGCAAUAUCCAGUUGAUGAUUAUAUGGUACCAGAGGAAGAAUGGGAACGAGAAGCCGUACUUGAUCCCGCAUGGGAGCGACAACAAAAGAAAACAUUUACAGCUUGGUGUAAUUCCCAUUUACGUAAAGUUGGUACAUCGAUUGAAAAUAUUGAAGAAGAUUUUCAAAAUGGUUUAAAACUUAUGCUUCUCUUGGAAGUUAUUUCAAAUGAACAACUUAUUAAACCUGAUCGUGGACGUAUGAGAUUUCAUAAAAUUGCAAAUGUAAACAAAGCCCUUGAUUUCAUCACAAGUAAAGGCGUUAAAUUAAUGGUUGGCGCUGAAGAAAUUGUUGAUGGAAAUUUAAAAAUGACACUCGGCAUGAUCUGGACUAUUAUUUUACGUUUUGCUAUUCAAGAUAUUUCUGUUGAAGAAAUGUCGGCUAAAGAAGGUUUAUUAUUAUGGUGUCAACGUAAAACAGCGCCAUAUAAAAAUGUUAAUGUUCAGAAUUUUCAUAUCAGCUUCAAAGAUGGUCUCGCUUUUUGUGCGCUUAUUCAUAGACAUCGUCCUGAUUUACUCGACUAUAGCAAAUUGACAAAAGAUGAUCCAUUGGGAAAUCUUAAUCUUGCUUUUGAUAUUGCUGAAAAACAUUUGGAUAUUCCCAAAAUGCUUGAUGCCGAGGAUAUGGUCAAUACUGUCAGACCAGACGAAAAAUCUGUUAUGACUUAUGUCAGCGCCUAUUACCACGCAUUUGCUGGCGUCUAUAAGGCUGAACAAGCUGCUAGUCGAAUCUGUAAAGUAUUGAGUGUUAAUCAAGAAAAUGAACAAAUGAUGGCUGAAUAUGAACGAUUAGCAUCGGAUCUUCUUGAAUGGAUUAGAAAGACGAAGCCAUGGUUAGAAAAUCGUGCUACUGAUAAUACACUUCAUGGUACACAAGCUAAAUUGGGUGAAUUUCGAGAUUAUUGUCGUUCGCAAAAACCGCCGAGAUUAUCACAAAAAGCUAAACUCGAAACAGAUUUCAAUACAUUACAAACACGUCUUCGUCUAUCCAAUCGACCUGCAUUUACACCAACAGAAGGCAAAUUAAUUGCUAAUAUUGUCGAUGCUUGGAAAGGUCUUGAAUUGGCAGAAAAAGGCUUUGAAGAUUGGUUAUUACGUGAAUUGCGUCGCCUCGAACGUCUUGAUCAUUUGGCUAAAAAAUUUCAACAUAAAUGUAACAUCCACGAAGAAUGGUCUUAUGGAAAGAUCGAUUUAUUAACAUCAUCUGAUUUUAAACGAUGUUCAUUAAAUGAUCUUCGUGCAUUAUCACGUAAACAUUUAGCAUUCGAGAGUGAUCUUGCUGCACAUCAAGAUCGUGUCGAACAAAUAGCUGCUAUAGCACAAGAAUUAAAUGUUCUUGGUUAUGAUCAAAUCGCGAUGGUUAAUCAACGAUGCCAACAAAUUUGUAAUGAAUGGGAUCAACUAGGAGAUUUAACACAUAAACGACGUGUCGCAUUAACGGACGCAGAAAGAAUCGUUGAACGUAUUGAUAGUCUAUUCUUGGAAUAUGCCAAGAAAGCUUCACCAUAUGUCAAUUGGCUUGAUGGAGCACGGGAAGAUUUAGUCGACAUGUUCUUCAUACAUACACUUGAUGAAAUACGCGGAUUAAUUGAAGCUCAUCAUCAAUUUAAAGCAACAUUAGGUGAAGCAGGUGCCGAAUAUAAAAAUAUUAUACGUCUUGUUAGUGAUGCAAGACAAACUUGUCAAGAGAACGGUCUCGAAUUUAUAUCUAAUCCUUAUUCAAAUAUUCAACCUGAAGAAAUAUCAGCUAAAUGGAAUGAUGUUCAAGCACUUGUUCCACAACGUGAUCAAGACUUAGAAACAGAAUUCAUAAAACAACAACAAAACGAACGCUUCCGUGUUCAAUUUGCCCAAAAAGCAAAUGUUGUUGGCCCAUGGCUUGAACGUCAACAUGAACAACUUCAACAAUUAACCGUACAAGUAGUGGGUACAUUAGAACAACAUCAAAAGAAACUUGAAAGCAUGGAACACUCUGUUCUUCAAUAUCGUCCACACAUUGAUGAACUUGAAAAAUACAAUCAACAGAUUCAAGAAUGUAUGAUAUUCGAAAAUCGUCAUACACCUUACACAAUGGAAGUUAUUCGUGUUGCAUGGGAACAAUUAACUACACAUUUAACAAAACAAAUAGCUGAAAUUAAAAAUCAAAUUUAUACAUUAGAAAAGAAAGGUAUAGGUGAAGAACAAAUGAACGAAUUUCGAGCUACAUUUGCACACUUUGACAAGAGUCGUACUCGACGACUUGAUCCAAAAGAAUUUCGUGCAUGUUUAAUAGCCUGUGGUUACAAUAUUCGUGACGAUCGACAAGGUGAUGUUGAUUUUCAACGUAUUAUGGCAAAUGUUGAUCCAACACAAACAGGUUUUGUUACCUUCGAAUCGUUUCUUGAUUUCAUGACACGUGAAUGCUCAGAAGAAGAUAAUGUUGAUCAGUUAACACUUGCAUUUAAAACAUUAGCCGGAGAUCAACCUUUUAUUACUGCAGAAGCACUUAAACGAGAAUUACCAAUUGAACAAGCCGAAUGGUGUUUGCGAAGAAUGAAACCUUAUGUCGGUCCCGGCGCCAUACCUGGUGCAUAUGACUAUAAGAUAUUUUCGGCGGCGCUCUAUGGAGAAUCGGAUCUUUAA